UUUCCCUCCUAGGGUUCUGCCUGGCAUUUACUCUGUCAUCUACUUGCUCUCUCUCUCUCUCUCUGCACACAUGUGGUUAACUAAUCGUGAGUGGGUUAAGGUUAACUGGUUAAGAGGACUGGAUGAGAUAAAAAUCUCUCCUAGAAAGUAGAAACCUGUCUGUUGAACGGUGCUUUUAAGCAGAAAAGUAUUUUCUUCCCAAAGCACAAAAUAAAAUAAAAUAAGGCACUCUGCUGCAGCAUAUAUCUGUGCAAUCUCUCUCUCUCUCUGUGUUUGUGUGAAAGGCUGUGAUCAAGGCACUGUGCUAAGAGAUGAACUGGGUUAUGGCUUUCAGAGAGCUGCAUUUCUAGCUGAGAUGGGUUGCUCUGAAACUUCUACAAAAGCUAUAUUUUUAACUUUAUUUCUAUAAACCCCAGUUCAGGCAAGCACAUUCUCCAUUUGAGCAAAACCCCACCUUUUUAUCAGAAGAAAAUACACAGAUUCCUCCAAAAAACCACCUUUCUCACUUUAACUCAUUUUUAUCUCCUAAAAGCAGCCUCAAGCCCCUCAAGACCUAUUGUAGUGAGACAAGCUUCCAACUUUAGCAAGAGAAGUGAUGGGGGGAUGUGUUGCCUCUAAGCUAGAGGAAGAAGGAGUAGUAACCAUCUGUAGAGAGAGGAAACGCCAGCUGAAGUUAGCAGUGGAGAAAAGAUGUGCUCUUGCAGAGGCACAUUGUAAGUAUUGUCAUGCUUUAUAUGCAGUAGCUGCAGCCGUAGACCUCUUUGUUGCAGGCUACUCUUCUCCUCCUUCACCUUUCCUCAUCACAUUUUCGCCACACUCUCCUCCUCCUCCUCCAAUCACUGAAAAUGUGAUAACCAACCCAAUGUUCCUUAAGCAAAGGCCAUCUGAGUCAACCCAUGAAGCCAUUACCUGUGCUUCAUGUGCUUCUUCAACAUCCUCAGAGUACUCUGAGGAAGAGAGAGAGGAGGAAGAAGAAGUAAAAGAAGAAAAAGCAGGGGAGAGAGAAGAACAGGCUUGUGGGUACUUUUAUAUGCAAAUGCCACCAUCAAUGCCAUCUCCUCAGAGAGAUUUUGGGUGGGAUUUCUUUAACCCUUUUGACGCCGUGAGGCCGGAGAUUAUAAGCAGUUACAGGCGGAGCUCUGAUGAUGAUUUGAGGGUGGUGAGGGAAGAGGAAGGGAUACCUGAGCUAGAAGAGGAAGGGGUUCCUGAGCUAGUAAAGGAAGGGGAUAGAGAAAAAGAGCAAGAAAAGAAGGUAAUGGUGGUAGAAGAAAAUGUUGAUACAGAGCAAGCAAGUGCAGGUGAGGUGGUGAAGGUAGUUGAUGAAGCUAAUGUGAGCCAUGGAGAGCAUAAAGGACUUGCUGUUGUUGAGACACCAGCUGAAGGAAGGGAGCUAUUGGAAGCAUUGAGGGACAUUGUUGACCUUUUUACUAGGGCUUGUGAUUCUGCAAAGGAUGUGUCUAGGAUGUUAGAGGCUAACAAAGUGCAAUUGCAGUCUGGUUUGGAGGAAAUAAAAGAGAACUCAACAAAGCUAAUUCAAGCUAUAGCAUGGCAUCAAUCGACGUCAUCAUCCAAGCUUUCAUCAUGUAAGAGUCUCGUAUCGUCUAGCUCCAAGAGUUCUUCAACAUGGACAGAAUUUAAGAAUGAUCUUUUUGAUGAUUAUGGAGGAAUGGAUUCAGGAAGUCAUGCGCUUACUCUAGGAAGGUUAUACGCUUGGGAAAAGAAGCUCUAUGAAGAAGUUAAGGCUGGAGAUAUCACACGGAAACUAUAUGAGAGAAAAUGCUCGCGACUUAAGCACCAGGAUAUAGGAGACGAUGACGCCAUGGACAAAACUCGAGCUGCAGUAAAAGAUUUAUAUGCUAGAAUCCUGGUUGCAAUUCGGAGUGCUGAGUCAAUCUCCAAGAGAAUCCAGAUACUGAGAGAUGAAGAGCUGCAGCCCCAAAUUGUUGAGUUGUUGAAAGGCUUAAUGCGCACCUGGAAAAUUAUGUUGGAAUGUCAUGAAACCCAAAACAAGAUUCUUUUUGAUGUGAAAUCUUUUGCCGGCUCCACGUAUGGAAAGUUCAGCAACAACUCUCACAGGCGAGCAACACUUCAGCUUCAGGUCGAGCUUCAGAAUUGGCAUGAAUGCUUUAAGGAGUAUGUUGCUGCACAAAAAGCAUACGUCGAAACUCUCCAUGGUUGGCUGACCAAGUUCGUGGUCCCUAAAGAGGAAUUCUACUCUAGGAGCAGUUCAGCUGUGCCAUAUGGGGUCAAUGGUCCACCAUUGCUUGUGAUUUGCCGUGAUUGGUUGGUUUCUGUGAAUAAAUUACCAGAUAGGGCGGUCACCAUUGCCUUGAAAAGCUUCGCAAAGGACGUGAGGGCUCUGUCUCUUCAGCAAGGGGAAGAACAGCAACAAAAGAGGAAAGUUGACAGCCUAGCAAAAGAGCUCGACCGGAGAAUUCUAUCAUUCCAGAAGACAGAGAGCAGGCUUCUUGAGCCAAAUCUUACAGAACACAAAUGCGAGUCAGAUAUGGAACGACAGAGUGAGUCCUUGACAGAGAAGAAGGAGCAGCUAGACAUGUUCAGAAGAAAGCUGGAUGUGGAGAGGGAAAAACACCAAAAUUACAUGAAAGAAACUCAAAGAAUCACAUUGAAUGGAUUUCAAAAUGGGUUUUGUGCAGUUUUUGAGUCCUUGUCCGAGUUCUCCAAGGCUUCUCAAAAAAUGUACAAUGAACUAGUUACUUGCAGUGAAAAUGCAGAAAAAGUUGGGAACCCGGCGUAUAUAGAAGGCACAAAGCAUGAAGAAAAUAGCAGCAGGUGACAUAUGGGCUUUGAGAAUUUGGAACUGUGGAUUGUAUUUGUAUAUAUAUUGUGUCAAAGCCGCUCGCUGAGACACAAUUAUUUUAAGUUUUUAGGGGUGGUCUUGUAUUGUAGCAACGAAUUGUUAAAUGUUGCUAUAAUUAGUUGUUAUGGUUGGUAUCUGCAACUCUCAUGGUAGACUUCUUUGUUUCCAAAUGAACAGAACUUUCUCCAUGGUUUCAUA